AUGACUUCCCUCAUCUUUGGCUCAAUUUGGCUCGGCCACAAGGGCCUCGUGCAGCAUAAGCGCGAAAAGCAGCGGCAGAAAAACUAUGAACGAUGGGAAGGCCUUCGUGAUGAGUAUGAUGAACAGCGAAAAAUAACACGGGCGUCAAGAUCUCUCGACAUCCAACGCACGGGGUCAGAUGUGGACUAUGACAAACCGAUCUUGACUCUCCGCGACCAACAAGAAGCUAACGAUGCCCGGACGAGCUGGCGGCCUCAGGAAGCAUGGGAUGAUGUGCCUGGGAGGAGAGCCAGUGUCGAAGUUACGUCUGGCACGGACUUGAGACCGCUGCCGAACCACAAAACUGGAUCUACUUGGGAUGAGGGCCUGCCGCAGCCCUUGAGAGUGAGCCGGCGCAAUUGGGACGACUAUGUACCGCCGGUGAGUAGGAGCAGCAGUCUCAGAAACGCCAGCGGGCCAAACACGCCCCGGGAGGGCAAUACCAGCAACGUCUCGCCGAUCAACAGAUCGUCUCCUCAGCUGGAUGUACCUACCCCUGCAAGCACCACUACUGCACACCCUCAUGCUGCCAGGACCACCAGCCUGCCUGUGGAGAUGCUGCAACAUCAGAGAAUUGAACGCAUUGAGAAUUCAACCCCUGGUGGACGCAUGGCAGAGUUGAUUGAAAUGAGCAAUCCUCACCAGCCUGCACCUGCACCGGUACCAGCGCCUGUAUUGGCACCGGCACCGUACAUUAGCCAGGCACCACAAUCGUAUGCCGGCUAUCAAACCCAGCCUUACUUGCCAGCGGCACCUGUUGCUCGACCCAUCGAUGGAAGUAUGCCCGAAUGGUGGAACAAGUCCUGA